ACUGGUUACCCUUCUUACAUCACUCUUCCAGAUCAACACUUGUCCUUGUUGAGCAGUCACAGAUCCAGCUCUGUUAACAGCACCUUGGAGCCUGAUGUCACGUCCUUCUUCAUCAUCCAGGGCCUGGCCAACCUCGGGGGGAGAAAGAUGAUCCUGUUUGUCAUCCUGCUGUUGUGUUACAUCAUCAUCCUGGCUGGAAACAGCAUGAUCAUCUUUGUGGCGUUGACUGAUCCAAAACUCACCUCCCCCAUGUACUUCUUCCUCUCCAACCUCUCCUUCGUGGACAUCGUCUUCACCACCACUACAAUUCCAAACAUGCUGUCUGGUUUUUUGACACCCUUGAAAACCAUUUCCAUCACUGGCUGUUUCCUUCAGAUGUAUUUCUUUAUUCAGUUGGCUGUUACUGGCCGUGCCAUCCUGACUGUCAUGGCAUACGACCGCUAUAUGGCUAUCUGUAACCCCCUGCGCUACACUGCCAUCAUGACCCGGCCCAUACGGAUGCUCCUGAUUGCAGGAGCCUGGGGAUUUGGCACCUUCUGCACAAUGCCAGCCUGCACCAAGGCCUGGCAUCGGACAUACUGUCAGAAUGUGGUGAGACACGGCUGGUGCGACCCGUCCUCUGUAAGGCGGCUUGUGUGUGGUGACGCCUCACUGGACAGCAUUGUGUCCCUUUCCUUUGCACUAGUGGCUCUACUGACCACCGGCGUCCUCAUCCUCACCUCCUAUGUCCUGAUUGGUGUUUCAAUAUCUAAGAUGGGUGUCCGUCAGAGGCUGAAGGCCUUGGCGACGUGUGCCGCCCACCUGACUGUGGUUUCCAUCUCCUACAGCGCGGCAUCGUUUGUUUACAUCUCCUACAGAGUGGGAAACUUUUCACCAGAGAUUCGUAUCAUCGUUUCUGUGCUGUAUUCCGCUCUGACUCCUUUCCUGAACCCGAUCAUCUACAGUCUAAGGAACAAGGAGCUGCAAGAGUCCAUCAGAAGGACUAUGAGCAGGAUCAGACCCGCUGCUGUGUUACCCGCAAAAGAUGUCAACUCGGUGUCCUGACUGAGAAAUAAAACCUUCCACGUUGAUGACUGGACAUCUAGAAACUGGGCAGGGAAAGAGAACUAAACAUAAUGGUGGUCAUGCUGUUGAUUUCUGAUUUGUAAGAUAUGAAUGAGCUUUUUAGUCAUGUUGUUCAUGGUCCCUGUCAAACAAUAAAAUGUAA